GCCCGCCGCGCCGCCGCCCCGCUCCGCGCCUUCCCCUCGCUCCCGCGGCGCCCGGAGCGCGGAGGCCGCACCGGGAUUAGGUUGGUACUAAGAAGUGCCUUUCCUGACGUCGCUGCUGCUUGGGACCGCUUCUAGAGCAGCCGCUGCUUUUGCCUUGCUUGCUGCCAGCUAGACUGCGACGACAGCGCUCCGCCGCUGCCAGCCCCGUGCCCGCCGGGAGGAGGGUCCGGCGCCGCUCCCCCGCCGCCGCUGCACUGUGCACUAAAGUGUGCCGCGAAGGUCAGAGCUCUGCUGCCCGAAAGCCGAGGAGAGGAGGAGAAAAAGCCCAGCCUAAACCCGGUGUCGGUCGUUGCUCUAAACUGCUGCAUCUGUCUAUGCCAAACUAAUCGAUCCCGGUCGCACCGCAGAGCCCGCUGCGAGCCCGCUGCCCGGAGGCACCUGCCCGCCGCCGUCCCCGGGAGCAGCUCGGGAGCCGCUGCCGGAGCCCCACGCGCCCAUGCUUGCGGCGGCCGCGCUCAGGACGGGAUGCUGAGCGCUGCGCGGGGCUAGUCCGGCCGCGCUCCCUCCCGCCGCCCGCCCGGCCUCCCAGCCCCGCUAACGGUGCCGGCUCCCGACUCUGUGACACAGCUCUUCUCGGGAUCGCAGCCGCCCGGUUUUACACGCACUCGUUUUAAAAUAGGGAGCGGGGAAAAAAAGUGUUCUGGAGGUGGCACUUUCGUAAUUUUCAGUUUAUCAGUUCAGCUACCCGUUUGCCCGUUUUUAUUGGAAAUUUUAACUACCUGUAAAAUCUAAAGAUGGCUGUUAGCGUCACACCGAUCCGGGACACAAAAUGGCUAACGCUGGAAGUGUGUAGGGAGUUCCAAAGGGGGACUUGCUCACGACCAGACACGGAAUGUAAAUUUGCACACCCAUCGAAAAGCUGCCAAGUUGAAAACGGACGCGUAAUCGCCUGCUUUGACUCAUUGAAAGGUCGAUGUUCAAGGGAAAACUGCAAAUAUCUUCACCCACCACCACACUUAAAAACGCAGCUGGAGAUCAAUGGGCGCAAUAACCUGAUCCAGCAGAAGAACAUGGCCAUGCUGGCCCAGCAGAUGCAGCUGGCCAAUGCCAUGAUGCCCGGAGCCCCGCUGCAGCCCGUGCCAAUGUUUUCUGUUGCGCCCAGCUUAGCCACCAACGCGUCAGCCGCCUUCAACCCCUACCUGGGGCCCGUGUCCCCAGGCCUGGUCCCUGCUGAGAUCCUGCCCACGGCCCCGAUGCUGGUGACAGGGAACCCCGGCGUGCCGGUCCCCGCCGCCGCCGCCGCCGCCGCCCAGAAGCUGAUGAGGACAGACAGGCUGGAGGUGUGUCGAGAGUACCAGCGGGGGAACUGCAACCGGGGAGAGAACGACUGCCGGUUCGCUCACCCCGCCGACAGCGCCAUGAUUGACACCAACGACAACACCGUCACCGUCUGCAUGGAUUACAUCAAAGGGAGGUGCUCCCGGGAAAAGUGCAAAUAUUUUCACCCUCCCGCACACCUGCAAGCCAAGAUCAAGGCUGCCCAGUACCAGGUUAACCAAGCUGCAGCUGCCCAAGCAGCAGCGACUGCAGCUGCCAUGACUCAGUCGGCUGUCAAAUCACUGAAGCGACCCCUCGAGGCAACCUUUGACCUGGGAAUUCCUCAAGCUGUACUUCCCCCCUUACCAAAGAGGCCUGCGCUUGAAAAAACCAAUGGUGCCACCGCAGUCUUUAACACUGGUAUCUUCCAAUACCAGCAAGCUCUUGCCAACAUGCAGUUACAGCAGCAUACAGCCUUCCUCCCACCAGGCUCAAUAUUGUGCAUGACACCCGCUACAAGUGUUGUUCCCAUGGUGCACGGUGCUACGCCAGCCACUGUGUCUGCAGCAACAACAUCUGCCACAAGUGUUCCCUUCGCUGCAACAGCCACAGCCAACCAGAUACCCAUAAUAUCUGCCGAACAUCUGACUAGCCACAAGUAUGUUACACAGAUGUAGACAUUUGGUCAUCAAACAAUGGUGUCGGCGGCGAAGAGGCCGGAUCGGGGUGGGAAGAGGCCGAGCUCAUUAGCCAUAGCGUAUGUAAAUACUGUCCAGCAGCACCGGGAACCCCUCAGCAGUGACAUCACACAUUGCAUGUUAACGAGACGGAGCGAGACCGUGGGACUCCGCUGCACACUGUUGCCUAUCUACUUUGUAAAUUGAAUUGGUAUUUGUGCUGAGGUGAUUCUUGUCCGGGCCCGCAGCAUCGUCCGCCUUUCCCGGGCUCUCCCCG